UUUUCUUAUUUAUUUUGUUGUUUGUUUGUUUGUCUGAGUGUUUUGGGGUUUUUUUUGCAAAGGUUUGUUUGGCUUUUUUCAGGGAAAGAAGGUAGGAUGCUGCUGCUGAGCAAGAACAAGAUGUCUUCCAGUUACAACUGCUCCUGCAGAAGCUCUAUCUGGUGAUGCUUUGUUUAUCUUCCUUGUGAGUAUUGUAAGAAGGGAACCAAAAAUACCAGGCAAGCUCUGCUUUAAGGGAUAACCUCUAUAUCUCUCCUUUUGCAUCAGAAAUGUGCAAAUAGAAAAUGACAGCAUUAUUUUCCUUUCCCUCUUUUCUUGCAGCAGUAUGCUUUCUCCCCUGCCUGGCAUACUGAUUUGCUCGAGAAUCCAGGCAGCAAUCUGGUGGAGAAAAAAAAUAUUAAGCACACACAGGCUUUGUUCAGCACUAUAUCAUGACUGGACUCCUACUAGAAUCUAAUAGUUUUUGCCUCCAGAUCUCAAAGUAUUUAAUGUGUAAAAUAAUGUCCCAUUUCAACAAUUUAUUUUUUCAAGUUUUAAACAAAGAGAAUGACUGAAAUAUAUUUCACAAAUCAUCUCAUGGAUUUCUUCCUUGUCCUCAUAUGUGUCCCACAGCUCUUUCUCAAGCCUUUUUGCAUACUUGAGACAAAAUUUUGCAACGCCAGGAUAUUCUGGUUGCAAGGCCUUUCUUCAUUUAAACUGAACUUUUGCAGUAGCAGUAAAGCUUUUUGCAAGCCUUGAAAUCAUCAGGAGAGUAGUGUAGAAGUUGUAAGUUAUAUUAAAAUUAUGUUUGUGCUCUUUUGUGUUGGUGCUCUUAUUUGUGAGCCUGGGAGAUGUAGCCAAGCUUUCCUCUGGUAUGAAGUUUUAAAAAAUAUGCAAAUCAGGCAGAAUUAGAAAAUUGGGGAAGGAGACAAGGAAAAUGGUAGAUUUGACACAGAACCCCAGAGGUAAGUCAAUUCAUAAAGAAAGAUGUUGAAAUUUCCUUUUAAUAGAGAGAAUUUAGUUAUUUUAGAAUAUAACAUUGGUGAUGCAGACCCUGACCCAGGUUCGCCCGACCCAGAGUGCUGUUUCUGACAGUAUCCAUAGGUGAAGAGUCUGAGCAAGACAGGUAUGUGUGACACUUGAUGUUCUCCCAGCCUUUGCGUUUUUGAACUCAGAGACUUCGUGGCUAGAUGUGGUCCCAGGCAGUUGCCCUCUGUGAGAAUAUGUCCAGCCUUCCCUUGAAGCUACAAAAACUUGUACCAUCUGUAGUGCCCUUUGUCAAGGAGCUCCUGCUGCUCUUUUUGCUGUUAUUUUGUCUCCUUCAGGCUUCAACUGAUGACCCCCUAUUGCUGGUACUGUUAGAGAAGCAGACAAUCAGUCUUUUUGCAGACUUUUUUUUGUAUACCCAGAAGUCACCUCUUUCAUAAACUGAUGUGUCCUACCUCGCUCAUUUGCUCCUUGUACAGCCCCUUUCUCUAUCUUUGAUCUUCUCUUCUGCCUUCCUCUGAACAUUUGUCAGUUCUGCUAUAAAGCUUUUGAGGGAUUUUCUUGCUCAGUUUUAUGAGAUUCCUGACAGUUUUUCACAGCUGAUGCUAGUCCUUACUAUCCUAAAUAACUUGGUAUUCUUGAUAAGCUUUCUUACUUCACCCUUUUCUAAAUUUUCCACUGAACAGCACAGACCCCUCUUGAACUGUUGCUUACUCUUCACUGAGAAAAUGUUGCUACUCUGUUUCCUAACCAGGCAAAGACCUUCUAUAGAUGCUUGGUUUCUUCUAAUGCUUGAGAAAAUGUUUUUGAAAAUCAAGGCAGUCAGUGUCAACCAAAUUACUCUUAUCUUCAGAUUUGUGGGUCCCUUUGCAGUUCUCCAGGGAGAGCAAGAAAGAUCUUCUCCUUAUAAAAGCCCUACUAACUUUCCAUACUCUGAUCAUCCCAAGUAGCUCGUGCUUCUCUAGUUGACCACUCCUUUUUUUUGCACUAUUACAAUUCCUCCGAAUUGUCUUGGUUCAAAGGUCAGGCUGCUUUUCCUAUGUUGCUUCUGAUGAUUUUUUAGGAAUUGGCGCCAGUUUGACCCACAGCUGUGACUGAAUGUUGCAAUGUACCCUGGAGCUGAAGAGAUGGUCUCCAGGAGCUCAGCACCCUGUGGUGUCCUGGCCCCAUCCUUGGCCGGUACACAGGACAUAUCACACUGUUCUCAAGUGAAAACCUGCAUGCUCAGAGAAAGAAAAAGAAUUAAAGCAUACAUAGGUAGGAUAGACUGGGUGCUUACGUGGGAGUGGGGUAUUCAGUCCCUGCUCUGCCACAGCUCAGUCUCUGUCUGCGUCUCUCCCUGCAUGUACUGUGGGUGUAGUGGUAUUUUCCCAGCUCACAGGGUUAGGGUUGGAUAAGUAGACUGCAGAUAGCAAGAACCUUAUUUACUACUGGAAUCUGUGCCAUAGUAGAGCCAAAAAUAGGUGGGUGAGUGUACUUACAGUACCAGUGGAGCGUUGCUAACCUUGUGUGACAGAGUGAAGGCUAGCAUGCUACAAAUGCAUUGUGAAGAGGGAGUGGGAAAGCCCUGGCUGAGCACAGUAGGAUCAACCUCUCUGCAUGGAAAAGGUGCUGGUUCCCCUUGUCAAAACAUUGCCUUAAGCAGGAUUUUCCAAACAGGGCAUUUUUUGUCUGACUUGAACUUUUGUGUGUGAGCUUUAGGGCCUGCUUAAGGCUGUAAAACCAUUACUUCAGACAUGCUGGAAGUUCUUCAUGGCCUGGAGAUGAAACUGUGAUGGCAGAAAGGGCCAGGCGCUGUGAAACACAGCACAACAGAAAGGGACUGUCACAGAGGGGGCAUGUUGGCCAUGAGUCUGCAAAGAGUAGUUAAAACUGGCUAGAGUACAGUUAUUCCUUAUGUUGCACUACACCUCUAAUUUAAACUUCUAUGUGAAAAUUAUUUUCAGCAGGUAGUGAUCUGCAGGAAAAAAUAUUGGUCUACUUGGUAUUAUGAGAGAUAUCUCAGGCUGUCUGAGGUACAUUGAACUGUGUGCUCUCUCUGCUCAAUGCAUUGUGCAUUAGUCCAGCCACACCUAACAGAGGCAUUUGCAUGAGUAAUUAACUGCCAUUUCCUGCAAAUCAAAUUACUUGGAAUUAGAAUUUAAAAUUGCUUUCCAAUUACUGAACCACACUUGUUAGUGAGAGCAAUGUUUUUACUGUGCCACAUUUAGAAAGGGCAGAGGCUCUUAACUCUUUCAAGAGAGCAAUUAUUUCUGAGAAGCACAGUGCGUCCAGGGAUCCCAACCUUAUUUGCUUUACACUGCUAUCAACCACUGGAGCCAGUGAUGCUGUUCUCACAAGUGAGACAAAUUAAUUUGCUUCAUAAAAUUUAUGAGUAGAAAAACAUAAAAUUUCCUUUAUUAGCAUCAUGUUUCAAGGACAGUUGUAUGGGCUUCAGCACAAAGUUGGUUUUUGUUUUUAAAGUAUACAAGCAAAAUUGUUCAGAACCUUUUCAUGACAGGCUGUAUGAGCAGAUGUAUAUAUAAUUCUAAAUGAAGAUGUCCCUAUUAUCACUUAGAGUAUAAAUUUAAAUUGUCAAUAGGAAUGUUGCACUAAUAUUAGAGAACAGUAUUUCCUAAAAAUAUUCUUUGAAAAUUUACAGACCCUGAAUUUCCUCAUGUCUUGUGUCUGACAGUGAUCAGAAAAAUUGUCUUUCUGUCUUCUUGAAACACAACUAAAUAAUAAAGGGGAUUAUGUAAAAAUGAUGAAGCUAGGACAUCAUAUUUUAAAGCUGCACUGUGGGAACUUUGGCUGGCAUCAAUGUGUUGAAGAAAAUAAAUGUAUUCAUAUUUCUUGAUUCCAGCAAACCAAGUCUUGCAUGUAACUUAAAUGACUUCCUGGCUAUCUAGUGUGGUUUCACAGAGUCAAAGCCUUAUUAUUAUUGUCCUUGAAGAAUACAGUACCCUGUUAACCAUUAAUAGGAGUCAAUUAAUCCUAAUUGAUUCAGUGACCAGAGAAUAUUUGAUGUUCAAGAUUAUAAAAUAUUAUGAGAACGGACACUAAUUUUUGCCAUCUCCUGCCUAGAAAAGGAAUGGAUUUAGUUAAAAGGAAUACUAGAAGUACAAGUUGAUUUUUCUGUAUUAUAUAUAAAAGCAUAAUGACAUUGUGUAGCUAACUUGAACUGACAAGAGCAAUGAAAUGUAAGGUUAAGAUUCUUACUACCUUUAAUCUUGCUGAUGCUGGAAGUACUGCAGUGCACUAAGCAUUAACACUAUGGAAAUAAAGAGACCAAUUAUAAUUGUAAACUGGCGUGGAAAAAGGAAAGCUUGACUCAUUUCUUAUCAGAUUCAUUGGCAGACUGUUAGUACAAUCACAGAAUAAUCCCUUCUGAAACCAAUAGAGGUCUCCAAAUUAACAGCAAAAAGAGAAUUUGCCCUAUAUUUGCUUCAUCUCACCCCAAAAGUCGCCUUUAAUUUACCCUAUCAAGUUAGCGCAUGGGUUUAAGGAGGAGUGAUGACACAAAAGGUAUGUCAUUGGUGCUGCCUUCUUUCCUUUGCUCAGGCCAGAUGGCUCUGCUCUGGGGAAUCUGCAGUGCAUCCUGGAGAGCAAUCAUAGUAUGAGAGGUGAUUGCUGAAGGUGAGUUCCUCUGCCAGCACCCAGACAACCUGAGUUAGGGUUUCACUGACUCUCAUGUUCUAAUUGUAAGGAAAGGCAACAUUUGUGCAGUUAAAGAGUGUUUGGACCUGUGAUGGAGGCUGAAAACGGAAGUGUGUUAUGAAGUUGCACAUCGGAAAAUAAAAGGAGAGGGAAGAGAUACAGGAAGUGAGAGGAAGAUGAAGCAGGACAGCAUAGGUGGAUGGAGCAGGUGAGCAGGCUGAUGGUGAAUGAGCAGAGCUGUUUGCUGCCAAGCAGCUCUGGGCAACACUGGGGAAGAGAGACUUGCAGACUCUGUGAGGCCUGAACUUACUGCCUCCCCCUGGGCUAUGGCUGAGUUGUCAGCUUGUGUCAGCUGUUUUCAGAGUGUCUUCAGGAGGGUUUGAUACAAGGGUGAUGAAGAGUGCAGAAAAGAAGCCUUUUCUUAAGCCACCUACAAGCACAAGAAGGGUCAUGGUAAUUCAAGCCUUUGCCUUCUGAAGAGAAGGCUGACAUACUUUCAGAGAUCACAGUGAUCUAACAUUGCCAUGAAAGCUUGAAAGCACCUCGUUUUGAAAGAGAUGAGGAUUUAGCAUCAUCUGGGACAUUUUUUGCCACCAUUGCCAGGAUGCUGGAAGAGCUGAACAGUUGCUUGGAUCUGUCAGUUUGGUGUCUGUUCAGAUGCUCAUCACACAGUUUUGCUGGACAAUUAGCUCCCUGAACCUUCUCUAAAAGGAAUAAUGCUGGGCAGAAACCAGACAGGACAGUGCUGCACAAUAUAUUUAGACAGUUAAAUGGUUAACAACAGAGAUCCUGUUGUGAUUCAGUCAUGCCAGUAGCAUAAUGCCAGCUUCUGUCCUCAUCUGACACUUUCACGCUGCUCGGAAGGAACCGCUGGGGAAAUAUGCUUUCACAGAUUGUUAGUUGUACAGCCACAGCCCUCAGAGCCUUGUAUAAUAAGGCAUUAGCUGAGGAAGGGGAAAUAACCAAGUGCUGGUCACAUAUCACGUCAAUUUUUGCUAUCAGCACAAGCUCAAAGGCAGCUGAUUCUGGGUGGGAGGUAAGGCUUCUCAGAGGUCACCCCAAUUAACAUCAGGGCUUGGACAGGGGCCCCGCCUGGUUUCAUAGAUAAAGCUUCGCUGCUUUUUCAUUUACUGAGACGAACCUGACUAAAAUGAGCAAUUGGGCUCUCAUGCUGCAAAAAGCUCUAAAGUAGGAUCCUCGGUGUAUGUGUGUACGUGCUGGCAAAGCACAGGAUGACAGACUCCCUCACAGUUAGCAGGGGCAGGACGAAUCUGUAGCACAGAGAAAGCAGUAUAUAGGUCCUAAUUAUUUUUUAUUUUGGAGUAAAAUCACACUGAAAAGCAAACAGUUGCAGUCAAUACUGAAAAAUGAGCUUAUUUAUCUCUUUGGACACAGAAGAUGCUCCAGCAUUGAUUUAACUGCAAUGUACUGCAGGGCACUGAUUUCAAGAUAAGGCAUGAUUGAUGGGAAGACACUUGGUAUUGGGGCAGCGCCUUGGCAACCUUUAACGGAGCAUCAGCCACGUGUGCAGAGCUGUCCCAAGCUGUACUCCACGUGCAGUGAACAGGGACUGUGUCGUUGCUGCAAAAUAAUCUGGGAGCAUCAGGCAGGGCAGAAGUCUGUUCUGUCACUGUAUUGGUGACAAGGCAAGGUGAGGGUAAGGAUGCUGGCAGAAUGCCUGGAUCUCUGAGUUUGUUCAUUUGUGGUACACAUUGUAUUUUCUAGAAAUACCCAUUCAUAAGUUUUUAAGUAAAAUAAAAACUCCGCUGUGGAGUCUGAGUUUCUUCUUCCUCAUACCAAUGAGUACAGUCAUAUCUGUAAUGUGAAGAGCUUCACAGUGGGUUUUGCCUAUGUAGUUCAUCUGAUCUUUUCAAUAAACUUACAUCCCAAAGAUCCAGAGGAAAAUUUCAGCUAAGUCCAUUUCCAACCUCUGUAUGCAUACAUCAGAUCUGACCCACUGGAAGAAACCACAUGCCAAGUUCACUGGCUGGUAGAAUAGCAAAUUUCAAGAAGUUUAAUUGUCCCACACAGUUUUCUUUUUCAAAGAGUCCAAUAAUAUCCAGUUUCAAUUUCAGAGAGCAAUUGUCUGUAAAGAAGUGUUAGCUAAGUAAAGUGAAUUGUUUGAACAGUGCUGGGAUUUUGAACUGUCGUUGUGAGAAAGGCUGCUUUUUUUCUGGACCAGCCAGGCAAAGCUGCAGCUUCUUUCUAUAGGAGGGAAGAUGGUGAAUAUUAAUCACCCCUUGGCAACCUGUCAGGGACAGAUUGCAACCCAAGAGAAUUGAUUUGCUGAUUAUCUGAUGUGACAGGUUAAUAAACUAAUAUUUAUACAUAGGGUAAAAGUAACAGUAGAGUUGGGCAAGAGAUCUGCAUUUCCUGAACUCUUAGGUCAGUGAUUUGUGUGGGAAAAAUGUUUUCCUUUCUGGCCUUGGGGGAAAGGGUGGAAAUAUCUUUGUCAAGAAAAAUUGUUUAAAUUCUCUGUGUGCUUGGGAUUUCUCUUUGAGAAGACCAUUCAAGAAAAGAACAAGACUGGCAAUUCUGGGUUCCUUGGCUGACUUUCCAGCCUGAGGACUGAUGUGGCACAUGCUGACCUGACCACCCAGCUGUCCCACCCUCCCUGGGUACCAAAAUAUUUGACAUUAUCAGACACUCUAAAAAUGUCUCCCAUGGUGUCUGAUGUCUCUGUGGUUUACCUGAGAGUUGGGUCAGCAUAUGUGCCGUUCUGGACUUAGUGCAUUGCACAGGCAUUUUCUUCCCAGCUUCCCUUCAUAAACAACAAGUGCUGGAGCAAGGAAGAGGGAAAUACUGAGCAGCAUCAUCCUUGAUGCAGGUGAACCAGAGUCCCAGUGACAGCUGAUCCUUGGCCACUGAUUCUACUGUGAGAAGGGAGGAAGGGUUUCACUUGAAGGUCAUUCCAGGGGGCUGAAAAAUCCCCUUAGGGAGAUGCUCUCUGUUAGGCUGGGUGAGGAGCCUAUGUGGCAACUCCAGCAUCCAAGCCAACCCUGUAGACAGCAAGGUGUGACUCCUGUGAACAAGAGCAAUUGGAGAGGGUAGAGCUAAUGAUGGACAGACCCACCUCAAUGAUGAGAGGAAGCUGUGGAUACCCUUGGCAGUAAGGACGGGGCUUCAGACUUGUGAUAGAUUUCUUCAGGGGGCUAGGAGAUGCAACUCAUUCAAAGCAUGUAAAGGAGAAUUAAAAAAAAAAAAAUUGAAACACGUAACCCAUAAAAAACCCGAACCCUUUGAACAUUGCUAUUUAUGAUUACACAGGAAUUCAAGGCUUCCUUCAUGUUCAUAGCUAGAAACUGUUUUCCUAGAUAAAGUUUUAGAGGCUUAGAUGUAAUCAGCUAAGGAACUCUUCAAAUAAGCUAAGCUGUGUUUUGAUUUGGUGCAAAUAAGAAGUGAAGUAAUAGGAAUAGCUAUUCCUGGAACAGCUGAAGCUUUGAAAUGCUGAUUUAAAAUGCUUCAUGCUGCCAUUCAGCUGUCCUGUCAUAGCAGUAUGGAGCAAAAGACAGUUUUCUUCUCUGUAAACAUACAAAAAUAAGGAUAUAUGAGCAAUUGGAAAUAAAAAUCUGUUUCUAAAAAUAUAGGGGAGAUAAUUUUUUUCCUCUUUUACUUUUUACUUUAUAUUUUUAUUCUAUUUUUCCUUCCUGUAUUUCUUCUUAGCAUCAAAAACACAAUAGCAAUGUUUCUUACAAAGGACAUCUAGUUAUCAUUUCUCUACUGCUGUUACCUCACUCGACAUCAUGAUCUGAAAAGUCUGAUCAUGUAGGGCAUAACUGUAAAUUUGCUAUAAACACUCAUUCUCCUGCAUUGUGAGCUGACAGGGAAGAGAGAUCUGGGAUGAUGCCUGUGCUGCAGUCAGAAGCCCAGGCAGAGCAGGUAUGGGGAGAAGGCUGAGGAGCUGCAGGGGUACCAGCAUGAGGAGCUGUCAGAGUCUUUGCCCAGGUCUUGAGCAAGCCUUUGGCAUGGUGGUAACUGUGUUGGCACUGAUAAAGGAGCUGGUUUAGGUCUACCUAUACAUAUGCUUCAGCCCCACACCGGACAGUAUAAUCAUACAGAAUCUGCCUUUUGGAUUUCUGUCUCUGCAUUCUGCCCCUGCCUUCCCCUCUUUGGCCCAAUAUGCAGAGAAUGUUUCCUGUGAUAUUUUAGCUGAAAGAGGCUGUUCUCAGCCUGCUGGCCAUUGGGAGGAGACCAUUGCUACCCCUCCUUCCUGUUCCCUAAACACCCCUAUUCUGAAGAUGUUUUACCAGUCUCUAUUAGGCUGUGUGCUCCCCUGUGAAUGGGGCUAUUCCGAAAUAGGCUUUACUUUUCCCCAUCAGCUGGUAUCAAAGGUAACUCACAGAAUAAAACAGAUUUGAAUAUGGCCUAUUAUGAGUCUGUGCCUAAAAGUGAUUGUGGAAAAACAAUAUUUUGUCUUUAUUUUGCCCCAAUUUGGGGCAAAUCUCUUUCAAGGUCUAUGUUAUUUCCAGACCCUUGAUGGUUUCCAUUUAAGUUCAGGGAUGUUUUCCAGAUAUUUGUAUAGCAUUAUAGUGAGUUUCUGAAAACUUGCCAUGCAGCUUUACUUCAGUGAGUAGCACUACUAAUGUCCACCAGACUCCUGCCAUGUGGAAACUCACUCCCACAGCUUCAUAGUGGUAACAUUGAUACAGCAACAGCAAAUUUCUUAUUCUGUAUGAAUCUGGGGGCAAAUAAGUUCUUGAGUUAAAUUUAUUUUCUGAAAUCAGAAAUACUUUUAGGAGCACUUUUUUGUCCUAUUGAGAACAACUAAUGGUGUAUCUGAUAAGACAGAUCCUAAUAAAUGGAUUAUUCUAUGUAGAAAGAUACUAGUGAAUCAUAUCUAUAAGUUAGGUUAUUUCUUCUGCCUGUGAUACAUAAACACAGGGAGUUUGCAAGUGAAGGGUGCUAUACUGAGGACAAAUGGAAAGAAUUGCUCUGUUGCAUGGUGCUCUGUUGUCUUGUGCCUUCGUUGCUAUGGGAUGUAAUUCUAUUACCCACUGUACUGUUAGAUUUCAGAAGGGUAGUUCAUAACCACUAAUAACAUUUGUGGCAAUCUGAGCUAAGUUAAUGAAAAAAGAUAAUCAAAUCUAAUGCUCCAGGGCAAGAUAUGUGAUAUCUCCAGGGGUCAUAAAGAGAUCAUACAGCUGUCUUGGGCCAAGGGGCGGUUCUAUGUGUGAGUGCAAGAAGAGGCAAGAGGCAGCAGAAAAGUGAGGGUCACCUUGCUCAGAAGCACUGUGUGCUGGUCACUGGCAGAGGCAGGAGGGGAUUGCUAGAUAUGUCACAGAGAUGGAGACGCUUAUUAAGCUAAUGACAUUUUUAGUAAUGCUGAUACCAAUAGAUAAAUUUCAGCUGAUCCCAGACAUUUGUCUCAAUGUGUUGAUUGGGAAAUUGGAUGAAGUAGUCUAUGCAUGGUUCUGCCUUGUCCACAGCAGGCAUAUACUGACUUGGGAGCUGACCAAGAAUGGCAUUAAAAUAGCCUUUGGAAUUUUUUUUGAAAACACAAGCUUCAGUAUGAAACUCACUUCUGAAGCAAAUGCAGUAUUUUAUUGUAUCUCUAGACAAUACCCAGUUGUGAAUUCUUCUUGCUUCUAGCUAUAAACAGAGAUUUUUUUUUUUUUUUUUUUUUUUUUUUUUUUUUUGUGGACCCUUUCAUCACCACAUACUGGUAUGUCACUUAAGGGUCCAAACAAGGACUUUGUCUUCCUUGUAGGCAUGUAACUGAUAAUGUUCAGAAAAAGGACACGAGCAUUCUUCUAUUUCUAUUACUGUUCUCUUUAAUACAGAUCUGCUUCUGACUACAGUAAGACUUCUGUCCUAGUUUCAGCCAAAGACAGGUUAAUUUUUAGCUGUAGCCACGAGGUGGCAGAGCCUGGAGCUGUGUGUGUGUGUCUAGGUUGUUACUCUAUGCCAUGGACUUCAUCAGAGGGAGGCAGAAAUAAGGGAUUCUCCCUUCCAAGGAGGAUGAUGUGGCUUGUUGACGUUGCCAAUGUGUUUUUCUCCACUCCUCUGGCAGCAGAAUGCAGUUUGCUUUCACCUGGAGGGACAUGCAGUACACCUGGAAUUGACUCCUCCAUGGGUGGAAGCACAGCCCCACCCUCUGCUAUGGACAGAUCCAGGCUGCACUGGAAAACAGUGAGGCUUCAGAACGCCUGCAGUUCUUUGAUGACAUCAUUGUAUGGAGCAACAUGGCAGAGGAAUUUUUUGAGAAAGGGGGAAUAUAACCCAGAGCCUCCUGAAGGCCGGUUCUGCCAUAAAACAAAGAUUAAUGGACCUGCCCAGGAAACUCAAGUCUUUGGAGUAAAAUGGCAAGAUGAACGUUGUCACAUUCUCAUGGACGUGGUCAAAAACCAGCAAAAUACCAACUGUGUUCCCACCAACAGGCAAGAAGGAAACAGUUUUCUAUCUCAUUGUUCUUUCCAGUAAAUUUUUCAUAUCUCAACUAACUGCUCUUUGUCUGUCUUACUGGAGGCAGGGGAAGAAGGGGAGUGGGUUGUGGUUUCCAUUUUAGUGGGAAAACUAAAUUAUGUCAUUCCAUUCCUACACCACAACAACUUCUUAUACCAAAUUCUAGCCAUGUGAGGAUAUAAAAUGCCUGUGUGUAUAUGGCCAAAGGUAGGAAAAACAAGAAGGCUAAGGACUGCAUGAAAUGGUCCCUCCUUCCAUAUGCCUUCCUAAACCUCAGAGACUUCCUAAAUUAGGUGUUUUAACUACUAUAGUUUGCCCUUGAUAGUUAAUCAAUUCUGAAUAGAUGCACUGGUUCCCUUUUUGAACAUUUUUUAAUAGAUCUUACUAAUUUUCUGUAGCACUGAAUAAGGAGCCCUAAGAGUUCUCCAAUAAAGGGACUUCUGAAAGUAAAUAUGUGUGAUGGGCAGGUGUCAUUUGUUGCCUUCAAGUGUCCUUGUAGCCUACAGUGGUGCAAGUGCCCCCCACGCAGCCAUCUCAUGCCCAUGGGAGAUUGUGUGACUGUCCCACUAUGGGUCCAUUCACUACUGGCAUGUGCUCAUCACAGUUUUUUUUUUUACUUUGAGUAAAAAAAAUACAGGCUGUAUUUGAUACUAGAGUAAUUUUGCCUUUUCCCUUCAGAACAACAACAGCUAUCCACAGAAUUUAAUGGGAAAUAUUAAAGAAAGUGUUUUGGGACCAGAAUCCCUUAGUAUCAUGGUCUGUACCUUUUAGGAGUGCUUGCAUGUUUUUCCUGCAGUAAUAGUGGAGUACUUUGAUGUUCGCAAUUGUAUUUUUUAUCAACAUUUUCUAACUUCUUUUCAUGUUUUUCAGAAAAUCUCCAUUAAUUUCUAGGAGUAUGGUUGCUUGUAAAGCUCCUGACUUUUUUGAGAUUCAAAAAAACCCCAAAAAUUCAGCUGCUAAUUUUUAGGGUUUGCUGUAGAACAGAAGAAAUAAUUGUAAUAAAUUUUCUUGAAUUUGCCAUGAUAAUAUUAAUAACAUUUCUAUAAAGCUUGGAUUGAAACAAAAAAUCUUACAGAAAAACUGAUUGAAAGCUACUGUACAAAAAUUAAUUGCUUCCACCCACCCUUUCCCACAGUUCCUCAAGACAUCACCAUGUUUCUGUUUUAAGCGUCUACAAUAUAGAGUUAUUUAAACAAAUUCAGGUUUUAAUUAAACAAAGUAGGCUGGGGUUUCUGUGGGUUUGACAACAAUUUUCAAUAUGUAACACCAAAUAGAUUUUGCUUAUUAUUUGUAAUACCAAAGGAAAUUUUAUUUAACUUUCUUUAUUCUACAAAAGAAAAAUUAAUAUCACCCCUAAGGCAGUCAAAGUUAUUUUGGAACACUGAGCUAUUACAAAGUUUCCAGCAUUGCAAAUAGUGGUAGUUAUUUUAAACAACAUUAAUUCACCCUUCUAAAUUGCUUCUCUCUCUUUCAGCACAGACUUGCCUCUUCAUAGGAUGGUUCUCAGCUGCAAAACAUCCAGACCCUAAUUUAUGUGUAUGUGAAUAAUCAAGGUUAAUAAAUUCCCUGUGGGAGAAACAGUCAGUGCCAUUCAGACCACAUUCUGUUUUCCUCCCUUUCCACAGAGUAGGCUGUUGAAAAUGUGUCUGAUGAAAUUGUAGGUUCCUUCUCUACUCUCAUGAAUUAAUUUAAUGUUUCUAAUUGGGAUUAGGUGAAGUACCUCUCCCCAUGACUGGACAGCCAGCAGGUAGGACAAAUGAGUUUAAAUAUCUACUCUAAAUCAAGGAGAGAGAGGAUAAAUUUACAUAUUUUCUUUUUUCCCCACAUCAUAAUUGUUUCUAUUUCUAUAGAGUGUACUGGUUUUGGGGCUUUUUAUAUGUGCAGCCCAAAUCAAUGACCCAAGCACAUGUCCUAGGUCACAAAUUGACUGGAGAGUAGGAAAGACAAGAUUCAUAGCUUGGAUUUUCAAGAAAAUUUUCCUUUUAGCCAGAGGUAGAUGGAAGUUUAUUGCCAACUUUACUAUAUUAGAUUAAAUUAGGAACCUAAGCACAAUUUUCUCAUGUCCUCUUUAUUACAUCUCUGAUGGAUUUGUGCAGUUCCUUGGCUGGUUCUUGGACCAUCCUUCUCACACAGAUCCCAAAUACUGCCUAGAAGGGCUGGUACCUACAAGAACUGGGGGCCUGUGUGUUCGAGUCGGAUGCAGUGCAACAGCAGUAAAGUAUUUAUUCUGUAUCUGAGCUGGGCAGCUGAGAAAGCCCAGCCUGAGUACAAGCUUUGAGGCAGUUUCAUUUUGCCUCUAAGCACAUAUAGACAAUACGUGCGCAGCUGAGCAAUUCACUUGACCUUGCCCUUUUAACACAAGGAGCUUGUAUUAAAAGAGGAUACAGGUCUGGACUUUCAGCCAGACUAUCACUGUGUAUGGCAAACCAGUGUGAUCACACAUUCCUCUUCUUGUGCAGCAACCUGGUCAUUAAUCUGCACUUCCCUACACACAGACCAAUUCUCAAGGCAGCUGGCAGUAUCUGCUGAAGCAUUGGAAGGUAGGGAGCCCUUGGAGUGACAGUGUCAAAUGGGACCAGUAUGGGUGUGCCCAGGGCUGCAUUGCUGGUGGGGUGAGAGGUAUGCAUGGGAGGGCAUGGACAGAGACCCUGUCAGGAUGGAACCUGUGCAUACCACAAAUUCUCUCUCCCCUUUGUGUCCUGGUUUUCAUGUUGAGGAAAGGGGACUGCAAUGACCCCCUGCAGGUGCCAGCUGCAUUGCUGACUGCCCUGGGACUCACCAUCUCCUGCUAUGGCUACACUCACAACUGCUCCCAGUGAUCUUAGGAGGGCUUAUUCAAAAUGUGAUUAUCUUGCCAUGGAUGCCAGGACAUCAGAAAUGGCCCUGUAUGGCAUGAGAUAAGGUUUGGCAAGGAUGGUGCUUAGGAGGUGCCAAGAAGAGCUGAUGGACACUGGUGACUACAUACAGAGAGCACUCCUGUACCCUGCUGUCCAGUGAAGCCCCCAGCACACAUUGCUAUCUGACAUUUCAUUAUCCAGUAUGUCCCAAUAGCCCCAGGUAAAGACAUCAAAUCAGUGUUGCUGUGUUGGUUCAGUUCCCAAGCAGCUGCCUGAGGUAAAAAUGGGUUAAGCAUUUAGACAUUGACCAUUAUUGGAUUAUACCAGGAUCCUAUCAGUUUUUAAUCUUCGAUAAGAUGCUGAAACAUGCCUUUUAAAUUCACUGCAGCCCUCACAUAAUUUUACUUUGACUCCUUGAAUUCUUCCUGUCAGUUCCCCCAGAACAGCCAGGAUGAAUACAGGGCUCCGUGAAUUGUCUCACUCACGCUUUAUAGAGAGGCAACACUGCCCCUUUACUUAUGUGUUCUAUUGACCUGUUGACAUAGCCGAGGGUGGUGCUGCAAACUGAUUGGUGAUUGGUGAUAGUCUGAAUUCGUGGGAUACAUGUAAAAUGCUAAUUUUAUGAGUUAAACAUUGAAGAGGUGCCAUUAGUUUUUAAAAGUCUUAUUCCCACUUGGCUCGUCUCAUAAUCACUGUUAUAAGGAAGAUUACUGGGAUGAGCACAACAAUAAAAAUAAGAGGGGAGAAGUCUUUUGCCUUAGUCUGGAGUUUGAAAAGACCUUGGAGUUUUUCAAUUUAUUUUGCACUGGACAGCAUUUAUGUGUAUGUAUUUAUAGCCAUUAUAUGUGUUUUGAUUGGGGUAAUAAUGAAGAAGACGAAUGGAGAGAAGGAAAAAUGUGACACUAAAAGCAAGCAUCCAUCUCGCCCAUGGGUGGAUGAAGAUUUAAAAGAUAGCACUGACCAUCCCUUAGAAGAAGAAGAGGGUGGGGAAGAGUGGCAAGGACUUGAAGAAAAUGUUGCCCAUGUCCCCUUCACUGGCGAGCGCUACUCUGAGGCUGAAAUGAUUAAGAGGUCUCAGACAUUCUAUGAGCUUCUAAAUAAGAGGCGAUCUGUCAGGUUUCUCAGUGAUGAGCCAGUCCCCAGGGAGGUUAUCGAUAAUGUCAUCAGAACAGCAGGUACUUCACCUAGUGGAGCACACACUGAGCCCUGGACCUUUGUGGUAGUGCAAGAUCCGUAUUUAAAACAUAAAAUUCGUGAAAUUGUAGAAGAAGAAGAGGAAAUCAACUACAAAAAAAGGAUGGGAGACAGAUGGGUUAAUGACCUGAAAAGGCUGAGAACAAAUUGGAUCAAAGAGUACUUGGACACUGCUCCAUAUUUGAUUCUCAUUUUCAAGCAGGUAUAUGGGCGGCUUCCUAAUGGCAAAAAGAAGACCCACUACUACAAUGAAAUCAGUGUUUCCAUUGCCUGUGGCAUCCUGCUUGCUGCACUGCAGAACGCGGGUCUGUGCACAGUGACCUCCACACCCCUGAACUGCGGCCCCCAGCUCCGGGUGCUGCUCCAGCGGCCAGCAAACGAGAAGCUCCUGCUGCUGCUCCCCGUUGGCUACCCCAAGGAAGAUGCCACCGUGCCUGCGCUGAGGCGGAAGCCGCUGGAAGACAUCAUGGUGGUCAUAUGAGCCCAGUGCCAGGAGAAGGGAGCAAUCCUGCUGACAGCUGAAGAUGUCACUGCUGUUUCUGUGCAUUGUCCCCCUAUGUCGCUGUUGCUCUGGCUGUUUGCAUCUCCAUUCUUUUAGUGCUAGUAAUCAACUAACAGCAGUGAGCAGUCGAGCACUGUGCCUUGGACAGCUGCUGUUACCUAUCUGACCAGGGCAUUGUUCCAGGGAAUAUGUACAAUGGCAUUUAAAUGAUCUCAUCACUUGAUUUUUCUCAUGCAUUGUAGGGAUGAAUCUCUUCUUGAACUGCAAUAUAUAUUUUUCUUAUACUUUUGUGAUUGCCAUUAUACAGUUAUUUUAACUUAAGAAUUUUAAUGAAGGUUGUAUUAAAAGAUACAAAGAAGUUAAACUGAGCUCCUAUCUUGGUCAGCGCGUGCUGUUUAAAUGCCCCUUCCCCUUUAGUGUGUUCAGCUGUGUGUAGGAAGAUGCUAUUUUCCCCUAUAUGGUAGGAUUUCUUCACUUGAUUUAUCUCAAAAACUUUCUCUGUACCGGGCUUUCUAAAACUAUUGUGGCUACGAGUGUCUCGUAGGUUGGGGGAAAUUAAGUGGGAACAAGGCAUUCAAAUAAUUUGCUUGUUACCAUUUAUUUGUACGCGCCUCCAGGCACAGUUAGAUCAUGUAGUAGCUAUCAGUCGUGUCCCCGGUACUUCGCUGCAUCCACUGGAAGCUACUAUUCUGGUUAUCCUGUUCAUACCUACAGCUACAGCAGUUUAACACCCUGAAACUGAAACUGCUCCAGAGCCCGUGACACGGGAGCGGUGCUGUCACGCCAGCCCGGUCCGGGAUGCGGGAGCGGCGCGCUGGAAGGGCUGUGCCGGUACCCGGGCGGGCAGAGCCCCCUGGUGGGGCCCGGGUGCCGCCGGCUCCGCCUGCAGCGGGAGGGGAAACGCGUCCUUCCCGCAGGGCUCUGUUCGGGAAACGCUUCCCCACCUGGUCUCUGCGGCAUCCAGCGUCAGGCGCAUUCAGCCAAAUUGACUUCAGCCGUCCUUCAGGGAUGAGAGGCUGGAGAGCAGUGCCGUGGAAAGGGACGUGGGGGUCUUGGUCAGUGGCAAGUUGAACAUGGGUCAGCAGUGCCCUGGCAGCCAGGAGGGCCAAGCAUGUCCUGGGGGGCAUCAGGCACAGCAUGGCCAGCCAGGCAGGGGAUGGGAUUGUCCCACUCUGCUCUGCACUGGGACAGGCUCACCUCCAGUGCUGGGGCAGUUUUGGGUAUCACAGUAUAAGACAAAAAGUUGUUAGAGAGCAUCCAAAGGAAGAGCAACAAAGAUGGUGAAGGAAGGACCUGAGAGAAUGGCCUGAAGUUGUGUCGGGAUGUUUAGGUUGGUAUAAGAAAGGGGUUCUUAAUCCAGAGGGUGGCUGGACACUGGAACAGGCUCCCCAGGGAAGUGGUCACAGCACCAAGCCUGAAAGAGUUCAAGAAGCAUUUGGACAAUGCUCUUGGACACUCGGUGCGAUUCUUGGAGGUGGUGCUGUGCAGGACCAGAAGCUGGACUCGAUGAUGCUUGGGAGUCCCUUCUAACUCAGGAUAUUUCUGUGUUCUGAGUUAACUCACUACUUAUCUGAAGUCUAACCUGGUCCAGUGGAAGGCUUAGCAGGGGGACCGAAAGUACAGGAUUUUUAAGGUUCCUUCCAAUUCAAACUAUUCUAUGAUUCUACAGGUCAAAUCCCAUUUACUAUCACUUGUCAGCUGAGCAAGUGGAGCGGAUAAAAUUUUGGCCAUGUCAAUGCCUCUGUCAUCUAGUGGGAAAAAUUGUUUUCCUCUUUGACAGACCAUUUUGCUUGUAUUUAGCAGAUGUGGUGAUUUCUUUGUCUGUUGUACUAGCCUGUUUCAUGUUUUCAGUGGUACAGCUAUGGCAGGAAGUUUUUUGUGCAGGCCUAGUCUGAGAUCAGCUCUUGUCACUACAGUCAAACAAAAUCUAAAAAGAAAAAAAAAAAAAAAAAAGAAAGAAGGAAUUCCUGGAUCUAAAAUCUAGUAAGGGAGGUAGGGAUGAACUGAACCAAGCCAAGAAGCCAAGGCUGAUCAGCUGCAGGUGCCCAGUUAUCAGGAAUACAUAUAAAGUCACUGUUGCAAGUUUUCCUUCUGCGCAGAUGCUGCUCUGCCCCAUCAUGCCGCUUCACAAGCAGUUUGUACCUGUUGGUACUACUAUGUUUUGAUUCAGAGUUCACAUCAACAAAGGGAGGACUGAAUCUGUGUCAAGUUGCAAACUUUCCUACAGAAAUAAACUCUCAGCUACAGAAAUAAAUUGCUUCUGCCUGGUCUCAGUCUACAAAAUAAAUGACACUCAGAGAAAAUUUACUAAAUGAAUUCAGUUUCAAACAGCAGGAGCUUGCAUAUAUAAGGCUAUAUCUAGUGUGGUUUCACAACUAAAAAACAAAGAACUAAAGCAGUCUAAAAAGCACAUUAAAAAUUGUCACAAUAAGAAGCAUUGGUAUAUACCAAUAUACCUCUUCACACCAAAGAAGCUUAAUAGUUGUUUUUUGGUUUUUUUUCAUCUAUGUAUUCAUUCUGGACACUAAAAUACACAUAGCAGUUUAAAAACUCAAGCCCUCACACCUACUAGAUGGGAAAGAUUCUAUCCAAAAAGCAUUUCUGGAAUCAUGAACUAUAAGUAAAAUAAGCUGCUUUUUUCUUCUUUUGUUUUCUUCUUUCCCUCCCUUAAAAAUGCUUAUUCAAAUGGAAAUACUUCAGUAGUAUUACUACUGCUGAUGAUACUGCAGAGUCUUUUGUAAAUCAUGUUAGUACUCCUGUGUGACAAGCCUACUUGGAAUUGCCACUGUUCUCUAAUAAGUGCACUGUCUUUACUUAAAACACAAUUAAAUAAUAAUAAAUUUUGCCUUUCCAUGCUGCUCACUGUUGACUAAAAUGAAGGCUGGCAUUUAAAUUGUUUUACAUUUAACUAGGGUUAUCUUAUUGGCAUUUGUUCAAUUUCAAGGUAAAAAAUUGUUUUUCUGCUAUCUAAAUGGACUUUCCCACAUUUUAACUAGUGUCCCUUGCCUGUAGGCCUGGUGCCACCCAUCUCCAAGAGAAGUCUGGCUUCAUCUUCCCUGUGUCUUUCCAUCAGGUAGCUGCAGACAGCAACUGGCUCUCUCCAUGUCUGGGAUCUUUCUUCCUUGAACUGUGUGGUCUAAUUUGUGUGUAUUCAAGGACUCUCGCUGUCUGAAAUUUUCCCACAAAUCAGGUGUAAUAUGGUGGGUUGUAUUUUGCUCUUGAAAUCGGGUGCAACAAGGUGGGUUGCAUGACAAUCCAGAUAAUUAAAGGAAUAAGUAUCACAUUUGUUGGAACAACGGGCAACUGCUCAUCUCCUCCCACUGCAAGGCUGACUGAACUGGCCUUGGUUUCAGUCUGCCCUUGAACAGGGAGCUGGAAGAUAUUGAAGCUGGUGUUCAUCAGCAAUCCAGGUGGCCAUGCCAUGAGGCAGAGAAGCAUUGCUCCUGGAGCAGCACCACCUUACCCACUCCACCGUCUUCCUUUCAAGACAGGUGAGCCAGAACUCAAAGGAUGCUGCUAGAAAUUUUAUGAACUGAGGCCUCUGUUCCACUGGUCUAUGUUCCCCUCUCUUCCACAGCUAUGUGAUCAAGUUUAAGAUUCCCAUAAGUUAGCUGGGCUGUAGUAACCAUCUAAGUGCUCUCUGCUUGAUGGAACUUGCAGGUUGUCAGUAUUUAGCUUCUUUGCAAGUAGUCUAAAGGUAAGUGUUGUUAUUUUGAAUUUGACAGAAAUAACUGUUCUCAGGCAGAAUUACUGGGUCAGAGGUGGUCCACAGGGAUGGAACAGGCUGUAAUGUAUUAGCCAUGUGUUUGAGCAUUUCUUACCAUACAAAUUCACACUAGUGCAAUAAAAGUAAAGCAACUUCUGAGUGUGAGGAAGUAACAGCUUGAUGCUGUGAACCUCAGAUGAACAAAAGUGCACAAGCCCCUACCUCAGGUUGCAGUUUUACUCUGAUUAAGCUGCAGCACUUCAAAGACAAGUAGAUGUGCAGUCAGCAUCUGAUUGAUUUAUUUCUUUAAUUGCUACAUAGAUGUCAUGGGCCCAUGAAAAAUCAAUCUUGAGAAAUAAUCCAGCUUGCACUCCAAGGCAGGAUCAGAUAUACUUGAAUGCCAGGUACUGACAAAACAUGAAUCUACAGCACUAAUAAUCUGCUCCCAG